AUGACACAGUCGGUAGAUACCGCUUUGCAGCUCUUUCCGAUCAUAGAAGAAGAACGCUGCGGCAUGGCACACCAUGUCGCAGCGUCUGCCGUCCAGCCACUCGUCGCUCUCUUUGUACCCAACGACAAACACGACAACAGCCACGAGCUGCAGACGCUCUUGAUGCCCGUGUUGUUUUUGUUCCGCGGCCGCCACGACAUUACACUUGUGCAAUCGUCUUCACGUGAUAGUGCCAACCCACGUCUCGUCGUGUUCAAGAAUGGCAAGAAAGCCGUCGCGGUCACGACCGACACGGAGCUCAAAGACCGCGUGUCUACAUUGGUGGACGAGAUCGGCUGGAGCCCAGACUGCCCCGACGAGACGCAGCUGCCCAAUUACCUACAGCCCAUCGACGCCGACGAGCUCUUGGCUGACGUCAAAGCCUUUACCAUUGCUGCCGGUCAACGGGACUACGUGGCCAACGCGGCCAAUGUCGCGUCCAUAAUCUGGCACGCGUUCAUGGCAGCUGGACGCCCCAUGAACUGGUCAGGUUUCUACUUUGUUCGGCCACUCGCGAACCCCAACGAGAGCGACCACGACCACAUGCUCGUGCUCGGACCGUUCAUGGGCAAACCAGCGUGCAGCCGCAUUCGCUUCCACAGCGGCGCCUGUGGCGCGGCGUGGCGAACCAAAGCCGUGCAGCGCAUUGCAGACGUCCACGAGUUUCGUGGCCACAUUGCGUGCGACAGUGCGUCCAACUCGGAGCUCGUGGUGCCUGUCGUUGACAAAGACGACAACGUUUUGGCGGUCAUUGAUCUCGACAGUCCAGUACAAAACGGCUUCUCGAUGGCGGACGAGCGCACGUUUGGCCAAGUGGCUCGCGUCAUGGCCGACGCCUGUGACUGGAGCAGCCUCCGUCUACCAUUCACACAACCGUAA